UGCGAAUGGCACAUCACCGAAAGAUUUUGAUCGUUCCUGCAGAGCCAUGGCCGCCGGCGUGCAGGAAAUAUGCUUGGCCAUGGUGCUUGCCGUUUUAGCAAUGGGGGCAAAUGGGAGAAGACUGUUGAUAGGUAUUGAACUCCCCCCCAUUCGGCUUCCUCCUCUGCCGCCCAUUCUGCCUCCCGUCCCAGAGCCACCAUCUCCUGGUUAUGAACCUCCACCACCACCUCCUCCGCCGCCAGAGUACAGUCCUCCACCACCCGUCUAUAGCCCACCUCCGCCACCACCUGUUAAGAAGUCUCCACCACCACCGCCGCCGUCACCAGUCUACAGCCCACCACCUCCCGUGUAUAGCCCACCUCCUCCACCACCAGUGCAGAAGUCUCCACCACAACCACCUCCGCCGUCACCAAUUUACAGCCCACCACCUCCACCACCUGUGCAGAAGUCUCCACCACCACCACCACCGCCGUCACCAAUCUACAGCCCACCACCUCCCGUAUAUAGCCCACCUCCGCCACCACCAGUGCAGAAGUCUCCUCCACCACCGCCGCCAGUUUACAGUCCACCCCCACCACCAACUUACAAGUCGCCGUCUCCACCACCACCUAUGCGAGUCUUCGUUUGGCCAUCGCCACCGCCACCGCCACCGGCAAAGUGACAAAGUCCGAAGUUGUUGAUGAAAGAAUAAAAAUUAUAUCUGCCGGUGCUCUCUCUCUCCCCCUUCCCCUAAAAUACCUCCAUGAUUGUGCUUCAGCUUUCUUGGUCGAUUUGAUGUAAUAAAAAGCUAUGUGAACACUAAAUGCGAGUAUAUCUAAUGAAAAUCAACGGAAAAGAACUUGAAACUGAGGUUCUUUUCCAUUUCCUUUGUA